AUGUGCAAAUAAUGUAAACACGCAGUUUGAAAAUACCAAAUAACAAUUGCAUUUAAGAGCAUACCAAAAAGCUGACGUUGAACACUGCAGCGCAGAAACUAUAACAAAUUUCAAGUUACGCAUCAAGUUGUCAUGGUCUUGGUAAGCUCGGCGGUGUUGGGUGCCGCAGCUGGCACUGGUCUGGCUCUUCUCUUGGCUGUUACUAUCGUCAUGUACCGCUAUUAUUUGCUGCGUAAGCGUGGCAAGGAGUGGGAGGAGCUGGAUCGUUGGGAGGAGACGCGCAUAAUGCGCAAGCUGCAGCUAAGGGAGGUGAACAUAGCGCGUGAGGCGCAGCCCAUACAGCCGGCUGCACAGCAUCAUGGUCUGCCCCAUCAUCCGCUCUCGGCGGAUGCGCUUCGCGGUCCCUCCGAAGUCUUUCACAGCCCAUUGCACUUGCAUCAUCAGAGCCGUUCCUUCCCACCGCGUCUGCAGCGCACACCCUCGAUCUCCAGCCAGAGCAGCGUCGACAGCGCACCGUCCAGACAAUCGGCUCAUCGCGGCUCCUCGCCACAAAUACGCACCUUCGGACCCGACGGACGCAGCUCCUUGCCCAGCGAGCCCGCUUUUCCCCAUCACCUGGCCCGUUCGCCUAGUCCCAUGCGCACCAUUUCCCUGGACGCUCGCUGCGGCAGUCCGGCCUCCACAGACGUCAGCGAUCUACGCACCUCGAGUCCUUCGCAGAGCAGCUUGGCAUCGCUCGCUGGCGCUGGCGUGGGAGCAGCUGGUGGCAAGGCUGUCAUUGUAAGCGGCGGACGCUGUUUGUCGCCGUUGCUUAUUCCACCUCGUCCACAGCCCGGCAUUGACCCCAGCGUGGGUCCUGCCUCACCGCUGGGCGCACUGCAGCCAGAUCUCUAUCGCAUGCCCGAUGGACCCGUCUAUCUGACAGCGCCGGGCACCAGUCAUGCUGUGGGCCGUCUGCAUUUACGUGUCAAGUACGAUUAUCAUCUGUUCGAUCUAACUGUACAUCUAAUUGAGGCACACAAUCUGAGCACAAUUGAGGAGGGCGGCUUUCGGGAUCCCUAUGUGCGCCUCAUGCUGCAUCCGGAGGUGGACAAUCGCAAGCGUCAGACGCACAUACAUCGCGGCGAAUCGAAUCCCUACUUUGAUCAGCACUUUAAGUUUCCUGUCUCACGCGAUCAGCUCCAGGGCAAGGAGCUCAUACUGCAAGUGCUGGACUAUGAUCGCUACUCACACAACGACAUUAUAGGAGAAGUUCGUAUUUCCGUAGACGGACUGGAUCUGUCCAAGUCGGUGGAGAUUUGGGGCGACUUGUUGCGCACCAAGAAGCCAAAAGAGGACCGCCCAGAGCUUUUGUGCUCGCUCAACUAUUUGCCACAGGCAGAACGACUCACCAUUGUCAUUAUGAAAGCUAGAAAUUUGGAUACUGCACAGGAGCCUUAUGUGAAGAUUUAUCUCAUACAAAAUGGCAAGCGCAUCAAGAAGAAAAAGACCAGCAUAACCAAAUCGGAUGAUCCAACCAAUCCCGUGUGGAACGAGGCAUUCACAUUUAAUUUGCAAUCGAAUUAUUUGCAUAAUGCGGCCAUUGAGAUCUAUGUCGUUGGCGCCGGCAGCAGCGAGGCAACGGAAAUUGGCUGCUGUGGCCUGGGACCACAGGAGAAUGGAACUGGGUGCCAGCACUGGCAUGAUAUGAUUAACAAUGCACGCAAGCCCACGGCCAUGUGGCACUACAUACGUUAAAAGCAAACUCUGCUCAUCGGGGAGCACGCAACUAACUAUAUUCGCAAAAUAUAUGCUUAACUACGUAUAACUAAACAUACAUACAUAUGGUAUAUAGGCAACUCUCCCUCUCUUUCUCUCUCUCUCUCUCUCUCUCUAUGUACAUAAAUACAUUAAAAUGUAUACAAGAAAUUAUGUAGAGCACACGCACUAAGUCUAAAUGCUACAAGCUAAAUGUUAAACUGAAAAUUUAGCUGUGCGUCAUUUAGCGCCUAGUAUAUUAUAUAAUACAAAUAACUGUACAACUAGCUACUAAUCUAAGUAUAUAUAAACACAAUCCACGUACAUUUUUGUCGCCUUAUUUGUUAAACUCUUCGUUUACCUUCUCAAGCUCAAGCUCAAGCAAAAGUUCCUAGACAGCACAGAUUGCUUUUAAAAACGAGCAUUCAUACAAAUUGCAUUCAAGUAAUUACCCACUUAUGUGUGUAUGCGUGUGUUGUUCUUAUUUUAGGAAUGUCGUUAGUCCCUUGAGACGCACAGUCCUUGCAUAACUGUCAAGCAAGUUGUUGACAUUUCAGUUGCCCUUUGACGUGGCGUAUUCAAGUGUGCAUUUCUUAAAUAAUUAUGAAUAUAAAACAUUUCAACAGCGUGUUUCCUAAGGUGAAUGGGUCGUCAAUCAUAUAGCGCAGCAGCACCCAACCCCAAACCAGGACUUGCCAUGCCGCCGCCCCUUUCGAGUUUUUUGCCAAGAGCGACCACAGCCAGAACGUCUUUGUAUUGGCGACAGUUGACAAAUUGGUACCGCUGUAGUUGUCCUUUUCAAAUGCGUCAGCAUAAGUGCUGACUGACAGUCUAUAACAAUAUGAAAAGAAAAAGAAAUAUGUUUAAAAUCUAUGCAGAAAUAAAAUGUAUAGUCAACGCUGUCAAGCGUCUUAAAUAUGUCUUAAAUAUAUCUAUGUAUAUGUGUAUAUGAAUGUUAACGAUUUACGCCUAGGCUAAAUACAUCAAAUACUUUUCUGUUGAUCUUAAUGAAUGUUAAUAUUCUAUUUUUGAUGUUUAAUGCAUAUACAUAACUUAGGACUUAGCUAGUUCUCUUCAGUGGCAAACUAAAACUGUUAGCUAACUGUAACUGCUUUACUUGGUAACUACUAUAAAUGUAAGUAACGUACUAUUAGCAACGUGUACACUUAAAACUAUAAAUUUAUUUAUAGCAUUUAUUCUAUACUUUAUCUUAUCAACUGGAAACAUUAAAAGCUCAUUUUACUUAAGAUUGUUUCAAACCAAAAUAACUAAAUGCUGAAAUACCUCCGAUUUACCUAAAAAAAAAACUGUAAUUGUAUAAUAUGACUUAACUAUCUAGCGCUUUUACCGAUAAUAAUAAAUAUUAAUGUGAAGUUGCAUUUGUGUAUUGAGAAGAGAGCAGCAACCUAUGCAUUUCAAACUAAUACAUACAUACUACAUACUAUAUAAACAAAUAACUAACUAUAUU